AUGAUUAGAAGACAGGCGCGUGAACGCAGAGAGUAUUUAUACCGCAAGGCGGAGGAGCUACGGGACUCGCAGCUCCAAGAAAAACGACAACUUAUAAAACAAGCACUGGCACAGGGAAAGCCGCUGCCCAAGGACAUAGCGGACGAUGAGCAACUCCAAAAGGACUUCCAAUAUGACCAGACUGUCGAGGAAACGAUAGACGACGAAUACAGCGCGACGAGCGGGCUGGCCGAGCCUAAAUUGAUUGUCACGACCUCGAGAGACCCUAGCACCAGACUUUCGCAAUUCGCCAAGGAAAUCAGAUUGCUGUUCCCUACCGCAGUCAGACUCAACAGAGGUAACUACGUGAUGCCCAGCUUGGUGGACGCAUGCAAAAAAUCGGGCACUUCAGAUCUCGUCGUGCUGCAUGAACACAGAGGUGUUCCCACUUCGCUUACUGUGUCGCAUUUUCCACACGGCCCCACGGCGUAUUUCACGCUCCACAACGUGGUGCUGAGACAUGAUAUACUUAAUGCCGGUAAUCAGAGCGAGGUGAACCCACAUCUGAUCUUCGACAAUUUCACAACUCCCCUGGGGCAAAGGGUCGUCACGGUUUUGAAACAUUUGUUUCCUCCGGGUCCCAAAAAGGACUCGCCUCGAGUCAUUACAUUUGCCAAUCGCGGUGACUUUAUCAGCGUAAGACAGCACGUUUACGUGAGAACGCGAGAAGGCGUGGAACUGGCCGAAGUGGGUCCCAGAUUCGAAAUGCGACUCUUUGAACUAAGGCUUGGAACCCUGGACAAUAAAGAUGCGGAUGUGGAAUGGCAACUAAGACGGUUUGUCAGAACUGCCAGUAGAAAGGACUAUUUGUGA